GUUCUAUUCAAAGCAUCAACAUCCUGCCCGGACAGCCGGCCAGAUACGCAACUGCCACCAAGAAGACCAAGAUUCGGGGCAGUCAAGGAGCAUAGAAGGCCGACCAACUCACAGCCGCAACCGCAAAGCCAUCCAACAUUGCACAUCAUGGCUUCUUCCCCGAACGCAAAGGGCCCCUUGCUCUCACCCGAGGAUCUAGCAGCGCACAGCCAAACGCUGGAAGUCCUCUUCGCCAUGUGGAGCGGCGAUGAAGAAUUGAUCAUUGACGAAGUCAAUUCGAAUGCCAUUCAAUCACUCGCCAAGUACCUCACCCUUCCUGUCAAUACGCUCGGUGAUGCGCAGUCCCAGGCGGUGAAAGACUCCCUGCCAGCAAGCGUCGCCUUUGCGAUCGUCGUCGACCCAUUUGCGGGGGACGACGCAGCCAGGCAAGCCAAGGAGCGCAAGCUUACACUUGACGUGAUGCUGCCCCUGCGAAGGGCAGAAGCAGAGAGCAGUACGAGCAAAGGCGACACAGCAAGACGACCCCGUCUCUCAUUACGAACAGCAACGUGGCUCUCCCGAUCUGACCAAGACGAGCUGUCCCGCCGAUUAAAAGCCUCUGCCGAAGCCGACGAUGAGGAAGAGGACGGCGCUUCGCGAGUCAUGGCUGCGGUCGAAGAUCUCUCUGAAGCGGUGCUAAGCUCACCCUCAAUGAGCGCCGCCACAAGCAGCGCAGACGAAAGCAAGCAAAGCAGCCCCUUCAGCACCUCUGGAGCGCAAGCCUCUCUGCCUCGGUACGUCCUCCGAACCUGGCAUCAUCUCCCUUCUCUAUCCACCAAAGAAAAGCGUGACGACCUAGUCUCCUACGCUCAAGCGGUGCGUCAUAAGCCCGAUCCGUCUUCACCAUCACAGGCCUGGCCUCUGACAGGCUUCGUGCUGGCAGGCAAGCCGGGCUUGGUGGUGUUGGAAUGCCCGCUUCCCUCCCCUUCUUCGCCGGUCGAAGAAGGUCAAGCCACACCGAGGCCGAGCUCAACCUCGCUGCUGGCGGCCACGCAGACAAUCGACAGCUACUGGUCCUCGAUCAAGUCCACCUCUUGGGGCGAUAUCCCUUCUGGCCACAAGAAGGUCAGCGAGACUCUGCGAGAGGAGGGCGUCACGCGCGCCUUUGAGGAUAUGAGGGAGAUCACGGGUACAGAGGAGGUGGGAGGCAAGGAGGCUAUGCGUGGGGGUUGGAGGAAUGAUAUGAGUAAGAUUGAAGGGUGGCUCAAGACGAGAGGCGCAGGAGGAAGGCUGAGGGAGGCGCUUGGUGCAGAUUGGUGAGCACACAGGGAAAGUGGCGAUGAUACAAUGAUGAUGGGGAUUUCUAGCAGUACGCGUGCGUGCGUGUGUCAGCGCGAGUUGAAGAACAACAAGACGAGGUAGUUGAGGUAAUUGCGAGCAACCUUCCUUUCCUCU